AUGGGGCUGCCGGUGCGCGACCCUGCACUGGAGGAGCAUCCCAAGGUGAAGGAACUGAGAGCCCUCUCCAGCUGGUCAGAAGGACAUGUUUGGGUCAGUCCUGAGAUGCAUGGUGCUAUCACUGGUACUUUCAAGAACCAGAUUGAUUGGCUUCCUUUGAACACGGGCUCAGUGCGCCCCACACAAGGGAGAACCUGCGUGGUGCUUCAAGUUAAUGGGGGCUCCCAGAGUUUCAACGUCGUCAAUGAGCUUCGACGUCUUGCACGCUGGAUGCGCAUGCCCUGCUGCACCAACCAAUCCUCUGUGGCGAAGGCCUGGCAAGAGUUCGAUGACGAUGGUCGGAUGAAAGAGUCUGACUUCCGUGAUCGAGUGGUUGAUGUCAUCGAAGAGUACUACAAGUUCACCUUGAUCAUGCGGGAGCAUGCGGAUUUCCUAGUGGAUCGCUUCUCAGAGCGGAAGGAGAUUGCGCAGAAGGGCAAGCUGUUGACACAAGCGCAGAAAGAAGCCGCGAAAGCGAAUUCCUGA